AUGCUCGCCUUUGAAGCUCCCAGAUCAAAACAGCCAUACUUCCAGCCCAUGAUGGAUCCCAAUUUGGACAUGUACUCAUACUCCAUGGAUGGCAUGCAACAGUAUGCCCAAAACAUUGAUUACUCCCAAUCAUAUUUCGACGCUCCUCUCUAUGCCGAAACAGAGAUGAUGCAAAAAUACUCCGAGUUCCCUUCUAUGCCCGCCACACCUCCAUCCAUCGCAACAUCUCAUGCCACAGAACAACAGAUCCCCACAGGUUCCGCAGCAUCUGGACCUUCCAUUGCUAGUGCAGCUUCGUCUGCUACUGGAUCUCCAUACUCAGGACCCGCUUCCGUGUUUCAAGAUAAUAACUGGCUGAACACCAACCAUGGACUCGGACUGCCGGCGGCCGUGAUGCAUGAUAUCUUCCCCAAUGAAUACAUGGGAGGCAAUCCAGCUGACAUGGAUGGAUAUUAUCGGGAGAAAUUACCCGACCACUCUGUCGACUCGGUUCAACUGACCUCAAACGCUGCAGAUCCAUCUCUAUUGAUUCAAUCCUUGCCCGGCAAUACCCUUAUGCCUACAAUCUCAUAUCCCGAUCAAAACAGCACCUACUCCACCGUUCCUCAGAAUUAUCUUCCCUGCUCCCCGGCGACAUCACCCGUCCCAUACAGCGACAAUGUGGAGCAACAUUCACCAGGGCUCCACUCAGUUCCGCACCCAUCCCCCCUGAUGAUGAACUCAGGUUUCCACUCCCGGCCCGCGUCGGUGUACGACCGCCGUUCCUCAAUCUCUUCCAUUCAGUCUCGUCGCUCUCAACAAAGCCCUGCCUUGAGCAGCAUCGAAGGUGACGACAUCAAGGAAAAAGGACAAUGCCCACACCCAGAAUGUGGUCGCAUCUUCAAGGACUUGAAGGCCCACAUGCUCACUCACCAAUCCGAGCGGCCGGAAAAAUGUCCCAUUACCAACUGUGAAUACCACACUAAGGGCUUUGCCCGCAAAUACGAUAAGAACCGCCACACUUUGACCCACUACAAGGGCACAAUGGUUUGCGGCUUUUGUCCUGGAUCCGGCUCUUCCGCUGAGAAGAGCUUCAACCGUGCCGAUGUCUUCAAGCGCCACCUGACCUCCCUUCACGGUGUGGAACAGACCGCACCAAACUGCCGCAAGCGCAGCCCGUCUACCUCCACCAAGAAGGGUACCAAUUACAGCAGCGAUGCGACUGGCAAGUGCUCCACUUGCUCUGCAACAUUCAGCAACGCCCAGGACUUCUACGAGCAUCUGGAUGACUGUGUGCUGCGGGUUGUGCAGCAGGAGGAGCCCUCAGAGGCAAUUAACCAACACCAUCUUGCGGAUAUUUCUUCCGACGAGGACGUGAAGAAGACGAUGGAGAAGCACCAGUUGCUGGACACCACGGCUGGAUCCGUGGAGCAAUACGACGACGAAGAUUCCCACGACGAUAACGACUCUUAUGACCUCGCCAAUUGGCGCGCCACCGGCCGCGCUUCAAAAUCCAAGGCCUCCUCCCGCGCCAUCAUUGGCAACGGCAACGCCAUCACAAAACACUCCUCUUCCUCCACUGCUCCCGGUAAAGCGCCCCGCGCCGUGGUGACUCGUCGCCGCAACAACCGCGGGAAUUACCCCCAAUCCUGGGGAUGCCCCAGCAGCAACAUGAAGAGCAAGAAGCGGGUUCUCUGUGUCUUCAACGGACAGCGUCGUCUAUGGAAGGACGAGAUGCUGCUGAACAACGAAUUCGAGGUCCGCAUGCCACUUCCAGGCGGUGCGGGCGACGGUACAAACCGCCAAGCCUACGUGACUGACCUGGAUGUGGAGACUCUUAAGCGUGCUGAGGGUGUUCUCAGCGCUACUGAUGAGGAGCGUGGACCCUGGCUCGAUGGCCCAUCCACCCAUCUCAUGGGCCAACCUGCGAGACUUAUCCCCGAUAUGUUCCAACACGACGAUGAGCUAUCAUUCAACGACCUCAUGGGUUGA